AUGCAUCGGCGUUUUAAAGGAUGGAUUGACUCAAAAUGGCACAGUCGCCGACGCACCCCCGAAAUGCCACGGCUUCCCGAUCCGCGACCGUACACAUUGACACCACCACCGUCGCAAGAACGAAUUACAACAUUAGCAGAAACGGUUUCAUUCUUCAGACUGUCCCUCGAACUUAGACGAAAGAUUCUCAUUUACGCAAUCGGCAACCGCACAGUUCACGUAGACCUCGUUUUAACUCAUCCGUUACGUGAACCGAUCAACGAUGAACGAUCCACUUACAGAUCCACAAAGCCCGCCCACAGGUACCAUACCGAUAAUAUGCACCUCUAUCCAUAUACCGAAGAGAAUCUAGGGUUGGAUACAAAUCAGCCUAGAUACUGGCAAUGGAGAGGCUGCGUAGCUCAUCGCCUGCCACAUCCUCGUAUCAAAACUACAGCGGAUUUCUAUACUGUUGUCAAGCCUGCGGAUGAUAGAUGUUGUGAAGGAUUGACGACCUGUUUAACUGCACUAGAUUGA